AAUUAUGUAUCGUGCUGUAACACUUUUUGGCAGAGCAAGGGGAGGGGAUGGUUUUUGUCAGUAAUCAGGGUUGCCAUCAAACGGAUACUGACUGAGGCACAGGGGAGAAAGCGGGAUAGGAAAAUAUCUUGCUAUAAUUUCACAAUAAAGCGGGUCUACCCAGAGUCCUGACGUGAUCAUCAUCCCUGAACAGAAACAUUAGCCUGCCCCGAAGUCAGUCCUCAACCAACCGUGGACAAUCUGGAUUGGAUAUCAAAGAUAAUCCGUCCUUAUCCCCGUUAUCUGCCUGCACUGGGUAGACACUUUCUUUUUUCCCUCCCUGCCUGUUUCCAUUUUCUGAAUUGGUUGCCAUAUAUAGAUUUUAACUUUCUGACUUGUUACCUUCCUCUGACUGGACUCUUCUAUUCAGAUGUAUUCCCUGGCUAUCGUCCAUCUCUCUGGGCUAUAACAUAAAUCAUUAAUGUUUUCAUUACGUUGGCAUUUUUACACCCCAGACCUGGUACCAUAGAUAUUUUCACCCUAGUCUGGCAGCUAGACUGCUCCACUAUACCCUGAUGAAUGAAGACCCCAUUCGGGAAGAGUGCGCCCGGCCAGAGAUCCAGAGCCGAUGCAGGAAACACAAGAACAGCAUGGGCCCCAACAAGGUGGUGUCGUCGUCUGUGCCCCGCCGGAACAUGGUGGGCUGUCGUAUCCAGCACAUCUGGAAGGAGGGGAACACUGCGUCUCAGUCGCUGUGGAAAGGCAUGGUGCUGGACCAGGUGCCCGUCAACCCCUCGCUUUACCUCAUCAAGUACGACGGCUUUGACUGUGUCUACGGCCUGGAGCUACAUAAAGAUGAGAGGGUGCAGGGACUUGAGGUGCUCCCUGACCGUCAAGCCUCCACGCGCACCAGCGACGUCAACCUGGCCGACACGAUGAUAGGGAAGGCUGUAGAGCAUAUGUUUGAGACGGAGGACGGGACUAAAGACGAGUGGAGGGGCAUGGUUCUGGCCCGAGCCCCCAUCAUGAACACCUGGUUCUUCAUCACCUACGAGAAAGACCCCGUUCUGUACAUGUACCAGCUCCUAGACGACUACAAGGAGGGAGACCUGAGGAUCAUGCCUGACUCCAAUGACACUCCGCCUGCAGAGCGGGAGCCAGGGGAGGUAGUGGACAGUCUGGUGGGGAAACAGGUGGAGUACGCCAAAGAGGACGGCUCCAAACGAACUGGCAUGGUUAUCCACCAGGUGGAUGCCAAACCCUCAGUCUACUUCAUCAAGUUCGACGACGACUUCCACAUCUACGUCUACGACCUUGUCAAGACCUCCUAAGGCGACCUUUUACCCUUUGACCUUUUCACACUACUGAGCCGAAUCGAGCUGUACUGGGCUGGCCUGGUUACACGUACAUCCACCAUAGCUGAAAAGACUAUGAGAAAAUAUGUUAGAGGUGGUACAGUUUGGUUUACGUCAGCACGGUAGUGUGAAAAGGGCACUGGGUCUCUGGGCCUAGAGGACAGGAGGUCUGUCUGGGGAGUUAAUGAUGGAUGCAGGAAAGACGAUGGUCAUCAUCACCACAUGGAACCUUACCUUAUCCACCAACUUUUCUUAAAUAUAUCUCGAACGUUUCGUGCAACAGCUUCUUUGAGAUGCGACAGAUGGACAGCUAGAUUGGAUAUUUCACUGAAGCCUUUGGAUUGCUACUAAAGCAUCUCGUGUUCUAGAAUCUAGUCAGAAGAGAGAGAGGGGAGGGGUCACUGCAACUGAGUUAUUGGCCACUUGAUUGGCUGAGAAGACUAUUUGUUUCUGCAACUGGCUGUCCCCUAUCAGAGUAAAGAUCUGAAGGAUUUGUUACAUAGAUCCCUUUGUAAGGGGAGGGACGGGAAAAAGAUAUCAGCGUUAUUUGAACACUGCAUAUUUAGUGUGACCUUUAAAGUGAAUUACUAUCUGGGUUUCUCAGAGAAUUGUUCAAUCCUUGACUGAUUAUAUUUGUUUGUUUGUAAUGUUAAAAGAUACACAACAACAUAUGCAGUGAGCAAAGGCAUUUGUUGAAGUUUUGUGAGGGACAUGCCCAUUGUUUUGUGAGGGACAUGACCAUUCAAAUGUUUCUUUGUCUUUUUCCAAUAACUUUUUCAUGUAUGUUCAUAUAUAAUGAUAGUUAAAUACUGAUUCCGAUAUUUGCAGUUUUAUCUGAAGCACUAAUUUCAAAGAAUCCACUCAGAAAACAUUUACGCAGUUGUCUUUAUAAGUUUAGCCUUUUAAUAAUAAUUAUAUGUUGAACAUUCUCAACAAACACUAUUCAGAAUGAUUGACCAGUGAGAACGUUAAUCUGUAGUCCUGAGACUGAGUUUGUUCAUUAGGCCUUGCCAAAGCCCUCUACCCUUAUCAUUCAUUAUCCAAUCAUAAUAACAGCAAUAAUUAUUAUAAUUAUUCAGAUAAUACUUAUGUUUGUUAUUAUCGUUCCUGUAGUCAUAUGUUUACCUUUUUUUG